AUGAACAGAUCAGGAGGAGAAGCAUUUGCCAGAUUGGCACAACAGUUGAAUAGGGCAAGAAUGCAAGCGAGCGGCGGAGGAGGUGCAGGGAAAGGUGGUCCAGGUGGUCAAUUCCCAGGUGGACAAAAAGGCUUCUUGGCUGGUGGUGGUGCUAUUGGAGUUUUACUUGCGGGUGGUAUAGCUUUAAAUUACAGUUUAUUCAAUGUCGAUGGUGGUCAUCGAGCAAUCAAAUACUCAAGAGUAGCAGGUGUUCGACCUGAUAUCUAUCCUGAAGGGACUCAUUUAGUCAUCCCUUGGCUCGAAACACCGAUCGUAUACGAUGUAAGAGCUAAGCCUAGAAAUAUCGCCUCUUUAACUGGUACCAAGGAUCUUCAAAUGGUCAACAUCACUUGUCGUGUCUUGUCUAGACCAUCAGUCAAUGAUCUUCCAACCAUUUACCGAGACCUGGGAACUGAUUACGAUGAGCGAGUAUUACCAUCGAUCGUCAAUGAAGUACUCAAAUCUGUUGUGGCACAAUUUAACGCAUCUCAAUUGAUAACUCAACGAGAAAUGGUAUCCCGACUUGUCAGAGAGAACUUGACAAGAAGAGCCAGAAGAUUCAAUUUGAUCCUUGACGAUGUCUCAAUCACACAUGUAGCAUUCUCACCCGAAUUCACACAUGCAGUAGAAGCUAAACAAGUAGCUCAACAAAUCGCUCAAAGAGCUGCAUUCUUAGUUGAUCAAGCUAUUCAAGAAAAACAAUCUAUCAUAGUUAGAGCUCAAGGUGAAGCUAGAUCAGCUGAAUUAAUUGGUGAAGCAGUCAGAACAAAUAAAGGUUUCUUACAAUUAAGAAGAUUGGAAGCUGCAAGAGAAAUCGCAGGUACUUUGGCUCAAUCAGGUAAUAAAGUAAUGUUAGACGCAAAGAGUUUAUUAUUGAAUGUCGCCGAUGAUGAUCACAAUCUGGCCCCUACUACCAAGUAA